AUGGCGCCGGCAGGCGGGUCUCCCGAAACUGCCCAACAAUUCGGCGCCAACAGAUCUGCGAUUUCACUUGCUAUGAACAUAUACAAGAACUUGGGAACCAGCGCGCCUUCAAAGACCUCCGCUAUUCCAGGCGACGCGUCGCAGCCGGGAUCACCGCGCAGUCCGCCAUGGACCUUGCAGACCAUGGCAAUGCCGGCCACGCCAGUGGUAGAGGCGCUGAUUGAUGUGUACUUCGAAAGACUACACUGGUUCAUCUGGAUAUUUCACAAGCCGUCAUUCGAGGAACAAGCUCGACAGAUUCUCUCCAUGGCGUCGUGGGGACGGGAGGAUAUGAGCAAGGUUCUCGUCACCCUGACAGUCGCUGCCCUCGGUCUCAAAUGCGCACUGCAGGAUACAUCGCCAUAUGGCCAACAAUUACUCGCAUCGAUUUCGCCCGACCCGCGAGGCCUAAUGGACCAAAUGAUAGCGGAGUUGCGACUUCAUCUCCUGGACCUCCUCGACGACAACUGUAUCGAGACGGUUCAGGUAACCCUGCUUCUCGGUGCAUUCUACAUAUUCCAUGGCUCGCCAAGCCUGGCCUGGGCAACUAUUGGCCUCUCUGUGCGAGCUUCGUACGCUCUGGCGCUGCACUGCGCUUCGGAGACAGACGAUCGCGUAGCCACGCAGAUCCGUCGACGGUGCUGGAACCACCUCACCGUGGCCGACACCUUCGCCUCCCAGAUCUACGGGCGACCGGGCUCCCUCGACUCAGCGUUUUCGGAUCUCCUACCUCUCGCGGAAAUGGACGACACCGCCAUCGAUCUCUCCUCCGAGCCACAGAUCCAAGGCAGAGUUGGCGUUGGCGACGGCACCGUGACUGCCUUGACAUUUCACUGGCUUAAGUACAAGCUAUACGAAAUCAUUAGGAAGACUUUGUCGACAUUCAGACUUCUCAGGCUGCACAAUCCACUCACAGCCGAAGAGCUCCAGUCCCUGAUAGAUGCCGUACAUCACAUCGAAGGGCAUCUCGCUGAAUGGCGAAGAACGCUUCCGCCGCUACUGAGUAGUGACAAUCUGUCGCGUGACUUUGCACAACACUGCUCAACAGAAAGGUUGGCUUCUCACAGCCAUCAGAGCCAGAAUCAUGACCUGCGCCGUGUCAAGCUGCAAGCGUGUCUGCUCCAGAUCACCUAUGAUGCCGCCAUCAUUCUUACACAUCGGCCACUACUGGAGCACAGGCUAUCGUCCGCCUACUGCCAAGACGUUUCCAAGAGAUUUACGGACACAGUCUCGAGGUCAUUCGAUGUCUCCGUCAAGGCGGCACUCCGGAUAUCCAAGAUACCAAUUUUGGAUUUUAAGAACGAAUUUUGCAUGGCUUUUAUCUUCAUCCAUCUGUUCACCGCAGGGGUCAUUCUCUGCAUCCCCCCAACCAGCCACCCGAACAGUAAGACGGCACAAGACGCCAAAGCAGGAGUGUUUCGGAUCAUUCAGGCGGCCAAGGAGCUUAGACUGCACAGUCAGAUUGCGCGACAUACAGAGCGGCUGCUCAGCGAUCUAUUGAAGCUGAGCCUUCAUCGGGAGGUUGACAUGGCGUUCAAAGAGGAGCGGAGAUGGUUAGAUCAAAGACCGUCUUCCACACGACAUUCUCCUGACCACUCACACAUGACCAGCGCGCCUGAGGACAGAGUUCAGCCGUCCAGGCAGUCGUAUCUGAGCCAAUCUGGUCCCGAGGAGAAUGCAGAGGCUAACAAGGAGACAUUUAUACCAAGUCUGCUGACGCCAUCGAGCCUCGACAGGACUGCUUCCUUGAGCCAGGAAGACAUCGGCAUGAGAAACUUGGGGGACGAAUUAGAUGUGCAGUACUCAGGGUUCAGUAAUCUUGGAAGCGCCGACGGUUGUGAGACUGAGCCGCUGGGCUUGCCACUGGAUGAGGCCCUCGGCAGCUUCGGUCAAUGUAAGCUUCACGCACUCAUGUUUAAUCUCAUGCCUGACGACCCAUUGAACCACUGGGGGUGGGGAAAAGGAACUAUGUAA